UAUUUCUUAGUGUACUAGACAGGAGCGGAACAUAAUCAUCGCGUCUGAGAGCAAGCAGGCACUGUCAUUUUUAUCAUUUACAACGUUAUCUCAGUCCACCUACGACUGGGGCGUAGGAUAUUCAGUAAUCAGUCGAGCGAGGAGACGGUGAGGAUACAAGCAGUGCGCGUAUACCGCCAGGAACUUCUAUUCAAUUAAAACUGACGUUAUAAUGAGUGGAACAAUGAAUAUAACAAAUAUUACUCACGAUGAUGAGGAGUACGCAUUGAGAGCGAAAAUAAUAACAAUGGUCUCCCUAUUUAGCGUAUCGAUGGUUUUCGGCCUCUCUCCCAUGGUUAUAUCGCUUAAAUUCGGAUGGUUCACGAAAUCUGAUGGAAAUAAUAUGAGGGCAUCGAAUCAGUUUGUAAUUGGUCUACUGUCUUUUGGAGGUGGGGUUCUUUUCGCGACUACAUUCAUGCACUUGUUGCCGGAGGUCGAUGAAAAUAUAGAGCUGUUACAAGAAUCCGGACUAAUACCAGAAAUGCCAAUUUACCUUGCCGCGCUUAUCAUGUGCUGCGGGUUCUUCAUGAUGUAUUUAGUCGAGGAGUUGGUCCACGUGUACAUUAAUAGUCGCGAGAACAAGACUGCAAACACUAGUUUUACACGUGUUUUGAGUAUACGAAGGUCUAGUGAAGAGGCCGGUGUUUCUUCAGACAAACCUAUUAAGGAGUUGGAAGCUACAGCGCAUCAUCACGGGCACAGUCAUCUCGCGGUGACGUCUGAUGACACAGUUGUAGCGGCCUUAAGAGGACUCCUAAUUGUUUUAGCUUUGUCUAUACACGAGCUGUUCGAAGGAUUGGCUGUUGGAUUAGAAUCAUCUGCUAGAAAUGUCUGGUACAUGUUUGGUGCAGUGUCUGCACAUAAGUACAUCAUCGCCUUUUGUAUCGGUGUUGAACUAUUAGCUGCUGGUACAAAGCGAUGGUUGUCCAUUGUCUACAUCUUCACCUUCUCUUUCGUGUCAGCGCUGGGAAUCGGCGUGGGAAUUAUGUUGGUUGGUGGCGCUGGCGCUACUGAAGCUGGAAUUUAUUCAGUUGUGUUGCAGGGUCUGGCAUGUGGGACUUUGGUGUACGUCGUAUUCUUUGAAGUCUGGAGGCAAGACCGAACGGGACUUAUGCAGUUUGUCUGUUCAGUACUUGGCUUUGCAUUGAUGGUUUCUCUUGAAGCGGUUGUGGAAUUAGUCGCCUGAUGCAAAUUAAAAAACUUGAAAGAACACAGAAAUGUUCUUCGUGGAAGGUGGAUUUGAUGAAGAGAAGUGGUCAAGAUUUGUGAAGUAAAUAUUUCACAUAGUUAUACUUAAAUUUGUUAUAUAAGAACUGCUUAAAUUUUUGUGUUAUUAAAAUAUUUUCUUGAA